UUUCAGCCUUCUCGAAGCCUCCAAACUCAUCGAAUUACUCCUAUUGCUACGACUUUACCUACUCUCUCCAUCAUCUUGAAAUUAUACAACCCAGUUUCGUCAUGUCUUCCAACGGAGCUCCCACCGGCGAGGUCAGCGACAACGAGUACGUCUCCCGCCAGGGUGAUCGCCAACCUAUCGACGUCGUCAGUGACGAGACCAAAGUGGAGGAUCCCACUGAUCCCGAGACUGCGGACUCUGAUGCUCAACUUGAACGUGAUGACAAGGAGGCCAUUGACAAGAGCAAUAUCGUGAAGGAGCGUACCCGCGGCGCACAACCGGCCGGCGAGUACCGGGAGCCAGGUGAUACGGAGGGUCUUGAGGACAGUCGCUUGGAGUGAAUUUAAGGUGGAAACGUGUGGCUAGUAUUUAAU